GCAAUUUCCAAAAUGACAGCGCCCACAAGAAAGCAAGUUUAGGAGUUGCCUAAUUUCAUAGAGAAGCUGGUUUUUGUUGGAAAACAAAACAAAACAACGAUGUUGUUCUUAAUGACAGUCGUAGUUGCCUUCGUCUACCUUUUUAUGUGUCCAUACACAAAGGUAGAGGAAAGUUUUAACCUCCAUGCUAUGCACGAUUUGAUAUUUCACGGGCUCAACAUUCAGAAGUAUGACCAUCUGGAGUUCCCGGGUGUCGUUCCACGCACUUUUAUCGGUCCGAUCCUCGUUAGCAGCCUCGCGCAUCCCUUCGUCACCUUCUCCCAGAUGCUGAAGGCAGACAAGUUCGUCGCUCAGAUAAUAGUUCGCGCCGUGCUCGGCCUCGUCGUGCUGUUCUGUCUUCGCGAGUUCGCUCGCACCGUCCGCUACCACUUCGGCCAGCACGUCUACCGAUGGUUUGUCGCGAUCACGUGCAGCCAGUUCCACCUGCUCUACUACUGUACACGACCGCUCCCCAACACCUUCGCCUUCGCCAUCGCGUUGCUCGCCAUGCGUUUCUGGAUGGCGCAGGAUCACCGGCGCUUCGUGCGCUACUCUGCGUUCGCAAUCCUCGUCUUUCGCAGCGAGCUGUCGCUGCUGCUCGGAGCGAUGCUGAUCAUGGAUCUAGUUUCGCGUCGCACAACCCCGCUGCAGCUGCUGUGCACCGCCGUGCCUGCCGGCGUGUUCUCACUGGCCGCCACAAUUGUCAUCGACACGUACUUCUGGCAGCGCCCCCUGUGGCCAGAGGGAGAAGUGCUCUGGUACAACACUGUCCAAAACAAGAGCUCCAACUGGGGUACGAUGCCGCUGCUCCUGGUAUUUCUACUCGCCGUGCCGCGGGCCGCGCACGAAGCUUUCGCUCGUCCUCAGUCCCCAUAUGGAGUCGGCGGCUUGUCCUCGACUGUUGCUUUGUCGCCGGCAUACUCGCUGCUGGCGGCACAAGGAAGUGCUUCGCUUCAUUAUGCUAACGUGUUUCCGAAUGUGAACGUCGCGCGGCGAAGGCCUGCGGCAACCAGCUAUCAGAUACGCGAGCGAUCGGCGCGCCACCAGCUUCUCGCCGUUGGCGUCGUCGCCCACAUCUUUCUCAACGCGAUGAUAUCGAGUGACUUUGUCAAUGUCUCGCGCAUGAACUACCCGGGAGGCAAGGCACUGGAGAUGCUCCACCAGCUGGAGCCGAGCGAUGAGCGUACGUCCCUU